UUCGGUGAUGUUGUAGGACUCGGCACCGGUUCGGGUUCCGGUUAUGUUGUUGGAUUUCUGCCUCCGGGGCCAGCAAACUGGUGAAUAUUUUUUUUCAGGUAUUGAGCACAGAAAUGUAUUAACGUAGAUACAAAGAGAAGAUAUUAAACAGCAUUAUGACGUAAUUCAGCGACAGGGGACAUUCGUCCCCACCCCCAUAAAAACCUGAGGUUGGAGCGUGGCGUGUGGGCGGGGGGUGAUGAACGAGCACGGCAUCCAGAGAGUUCAGAAAAGCGGCUCCUCUUUUCCACCGAUGGAGACCCUGCCAGGAGAUUAUCUCUGCUUUCCACAGCUUAACUCCUCUUGCAAGAAGCCUGCUCAUCCACACACUGAGGCCAUGCUGGUUUACGUGCUGCUUUCUUCCAUCUCACUCAUCACUGUCGUCCUCAACGUGCUGGUCAUCAUCUCCAUCUCCCACUUUAGGCAGCUCCACAGCCCCACCAACCUCCUCAUCCUCUCCUUGGCUGUCUCGGACCUCCUCGUGGGCCUCCUGCUGAUGCCGGUGGAAAUCAUCUACAUAGAAGCCUGCUGGUUCCUCGGUGACAUUCUGUGCACGACGUAUUAUCUUGUAGACUACGUUAUUACCUCGGCAUCAGUAGCCAAUAUGGUGCUCAUAUCAGUUGACCGCUACAUAGCUAUUUGUGAGCCGCUGCAUUACCCAACCAAAGUGACCAAGAGAAGAGUACAGAACUGUGUUUGUUUCUGCUGGAUUUGGUCUGCUAUCUUCAGGAUUUUCCUUUUAUAUGAUCACCUGGAGAAACCGGGCAGUUCAAACUCCUGUUUGGGGGAGUGUGUGGUUAUCAUUAAUUAUGCUGCAGGAGUAGCUGACCUAGUUUUCACUUUCAUCAUACCCAUUCUUUGCAUCAUCGUUCUGUAUCUGAGAGUAUUCGUGGUGGCUUUGUCUCAGGCCCGAGCCAUGCGGUCCCGUGUUGCAGCUUCAACAACCCGACGGUCGGGGGCCACGACUGUGAAGAAAACAGAGAUGAAAGCAGCUAGAACUCUUGGUUUGGUGAUACUCGUCUUUUUGUUCUGUUUCUGUCCCUACUAUUACCCCGCACUGGCAGGCAAAGACACUUCAAUCGAUGCUUCUUCUGCUGCAUUUGAGAUCUGGCUGGCACAUUUUAACUCCUGUUUGAACCCCGUCAUUUACGCCUUUUUCUACCCCUGGUUCAGAAAAUCCAUCCAGCUCAUCCUGACACUUCAGAUUCUGAAGCCCGGCUCCUGUGAUGCCAACGUGCUAUAGUGACAGGCGGGUAUAAACUUU